AUGCACAAUAUCAAUGGCACGACAUACAUCGGUCCUGUGCUUAUUUCUGUCAACCCCUUCAAGCAGAUGCCGUACUUCGGAGAUAAAGAAAUCGAGAUGUAUCAGGGAGCGGCUCAGUAUGAGAACCCUCCUCACAUCUAUGCUCUGGCAGAUAACAUGUACAGAAAUAUGAUGAUUGACCGGGAGAACCAAUGUGUCAUCAUCAGUGGAGAGAGCGGAGCAGGGAAGACCGUGGCAGCCAAAUACAUCAUGGGAUACAUCUCCAAAGUGUCGGGAGGCGGCUCCCGAGUGCAGGUGAGAGCAGUUGCGUUUGCUCCAUCAGAUUCUGUAAAAAAUGCGUCAGAUUUGUUUAUCGAUUGUUUAUCGUUGCAUAAAUGGAUUGAUACCUGA